AUGGAAGUUUUGUGUCUCGCCUUACCGUGCACGCCACUAUGUUAUGUUGAUGAUAUCGGCCUUCGAGCCAACACCAUCGACGAGUUGCACGAGGCUGAGAGAAGAGCUACUGGAGAACUCGAAAAGAAGGGGUUCCGGACUCAGCCCAAGAAAAGAAUCUCGACUGACGGAAGUUGUGAUGGAGUGGUCAAGAAGCAUCUUGGCUAUCUAUGGGAUGUGGCAGCCGAUGAGAUCCGCCAACUUCCACCAUCACUUCCCGAUCUAGAUCAGUGGAGUAAAAGACAGGUGAUCUCUGCCUAUGCUAAAUUUUUCGAUGUUAUGGGCCUGUUCCUCGAAGUGGGCAUCAGCGCCCGCAGUAAUGCAUCGUUAGUUCAUGAAGAUCACCGCGACUGGAAGGACAUUGUGGGUGGCAUUCACGUCCGAGCGUUGAAGGACUGGCAUGAUGCUAUCACGACAUUGGCUCCGGCGGUUCCUAGAGCCGUAGGUUCGGCGCGUGUAGUGAUUUUUUGUGAUGCGAGCGGUCUGGCAUGGGCAGCUGAAGCCUACUGCGUGAGACUAGGGGGAGCUGAUGACUUGAACCCGGCCGAUCGUCUUUACCGAUGGCGAGCGGUUGGCGGGAUUUUUCCCCGUGACUGCAAAUGGUCGACUCCCAAGAGGGAACUAUUUGCCCUUCGACAGGCUACUCGGUUGGGCGAGGAGCUGAUUGGUUGCGCCAAAGUUCAUGGCCGUCCUCUGGUGACGAAGCCCGACAUUACCUAUCUGUCGGAUGCAGAAAUCAACAUCUUCCGUCUUCGCCGCAUCGGCAAGUCCAGGUCUGGUACGGACGCGGUCGAUGUUUCGCGUUUGGAGAAGAAGUGGCUAAGUGAGAUCUCCAUGCACUGCAACCAGUAUGGGUGCGAUGUGAUCCACGUGCGAACUAAGGAUAAUCUUGCCGAUGCAGCCUCUAGGGGAUGCUUGGAUAGUUCUACUACGUUGGGUAUGAGCGAUGUAGACCGCCUGCGUCAUGCUUCUACUCUGACUCGCUUCGAGCCAUCAGGUCAACAAACGUUGGUGUCGAAGGAAGAUGAGCCGGAGGCAGUCCCUAGAGCAGUGGAAGAUCUGAGCCAAUAUGAAAGUGCGGAUGAAUUCGUGUGCGAAUUGUUCGCCAUUUUUGACGAAGAAGAGAUAAGUUCCGAGGUGAGCUCGGUCGGCACUUUGCAGGAGGCCGAGCCACUUGAUUGGAAUGAGAUUCUGAGAGACCAUCAACGAGCUUCGCCGUUUUUGCGGAAUCUGAGAAGCUUUGUUGAGACAGGAAAGCUAGAGGAGAAAUGCCCUAUUUCGUUGCGAGCGUUCAAAAAUGAUCGAGAAAUGUAUAUGAUCGAGGACGACCUUUUGAAACGGCGGAUUCGCAGCGACGGGAAAGGUGCAUUCGUGCCUCAAGUGAUGAUUGACCACAGUGAUGAUAAGAUGGUCAACUUGGUGAUUGAUAAGUAUCACGAUAAGUCUGGCCACAUGAGUGCGAGCAAGCUGGAAGGCAUCAUUCGUGAAGAGUUCUUCUGGAGAAGGAUGAGUGUCAACAUACGCAGAAGACUUCGGUCAUGCGAUUGCUGCCAACGAGUAGCUGCUCAAUCCAAGUGGCGGAAAAACGUAAGCGCACUGAAGCUGAAGGGAAAUGCCCCGUGUCAAAUUUGGGGGAUUGACCAUGUAUGCGGCUUACCAGAGGGUCAAGUGCGAGGCCGGGGCGAGGGAGGAUAUAGGAAUAUCCUCACGAUAACCUGUGCAACGACGGGAUUUACUUGGCUGAGAGCGUGUCGAUCGACAGGAGGUGAAGAGGUGCGAGCCAUCCUAUCGGACUUGGUCGGUGAUGUGGGCCGGCCAUUGUUGCUCAUCUCUGAUCGUCACCAGGCCUUUCGAAGUAAGUCUCUCACUCAAUGGGCAAUGAGUAAUAGCAUCAAGCUGGCUAUGCUGCCAGCACGUGGGGGACCAUACAGCGGGUGGUUUGAACGUGGACAUGGUAAGCUUCGAGAUUUCAUCGCCAAAAGGAAUGCUGAUGAUCCGGAGUCCAUGCAGUUCUGGCCAACCUGGCUCUCCGAAGUACAACUGGUGAUCAAUUGUACUCCCUUCUCCAAUAGUGAGCUGUCACCAGCUGACCUUAUGUAUGCAUAUAAGGUCUCGACGCCGUGGGAGAUGCGUAAUGGUGCUGAAUGUGGUUUGAUGGAUGGUCGAUAG